CGCCGUCGUCGCGUUCAGCAGGAACUCUACAGCCACUGCUGAGACUCAACCGGGCUGCUGUCACUGCGGCCGCCAUGGCGCAGUACAAGGGCGCCGCAAGCGAGGCGGGCCGCGCCAUGCACCUGAUGAAGAAGCGAGAGAAGCAGCGCGAGCAAAUGGAACAGAUGAAGCAGCGGAUAGCAGAGGAGAACAUAAUGAAAUCCAACAUUGACAAGAAGUUCUCUGCACACUAUGACGCUGUGGAAGCAGAGCUCAAGUCCAGCACCGUGGGUCUCGUGACCCUGAAUGACAUGAAGGCCAAGCAGGAGGCCCUCGUGAAGGAGCGGGAGAAGCAGCUGGCCAAGAAGGAGCAGUCGAAGGAGCUGCAGCUGAAGCUGGAGAAGCUGCGAGAGAAGGAGCGCAAGAAGGAAGCCAAGCGCAAGAUCUCCAGUCUCUCCUUUACCCUGGAGGAGGAGGAGGAGGGCCGGGAGGAAGACGAGGCAGCCAUGGAUGAGGAGGAUCUGGAGAGGGAAGAGGUCACCACGAAGAAGAGGAAGUUAGGGAAGAAUCCAGAUGUGGACACGAGCUUCUUGCCUGAUCGAGACCGCGAGGAGGAGGAGAACCGACUCCGGGAAGAGUUGCGGCAGGAGUGGGAAGCCAAGCAGGAGAAGAUCAAGAGUGAGGAGAUUGAAAUCACCUUCAGUUACUGGGAUGGCUCUGGGCACCGGCGCACAGUCAAGAUGAAGAAGGGCAACACGAUGCAGCAGUUCCUGCAGAAAGCCCUCGAGAUCUUGCGGAGGGACUUCAGUGAGCUCAGGUCAGCAGGCGUGGAACAGCUCAUGUACAUCAAGGAGGAUCUGAUCAUCCCCCAUCAUCACAGCUUCUAUGACUUCAUUGUAACCAAGGCCCGAGGAAAGAGUGGGCCGCUCUUUAACUUCGACGUGCAUGAUGACGUGCGGCUGCUCAGUGACGCCACCGUGGAGAAGGAUGAGUCGCACGCGGGCAAGGUGGUGCUGAGGAGCUGGUACGAGAAGAACAAGCACAUCUUCCCUGCCAGCCGCUGGGAGCCCUAUGACCCCGAGAAGAAGUGGGACAAGUACACGAUCCGCUGAGUGUCCGGGAGGCUGUGAGGCGUCAGCUGCCCUGGACCGCCGCAGGCCACUCCUGCAUCUUCAUAGCUCCCGACCCCCCUGCCCUCAUCCCCUUCCUUU